CAAGAGACUGUUGUUAUAUAUGUGAUUGUCAAUAUUUUCUUCAAUUAGUUAAUAUAUCUGAAGAUAUUUCAUAUUUUAUCCAAGUUGAUCAAUCUGAAAAGUUAUUGCAUCAUUUUGUAUAAAGUAAAUUUCCUCUUCAAAUGGAUGACCUAUCAUCUUCUGAAAUCUACCAAUUUGCAGAUGCAAGAACAAUUCCUGAUCCAAUUUUUCCAUAUACAGAAAAUUUGAAUGGAAUUCCUAUUGUUAUUGACAAUGGGUCCUUUCAAUGCCGAGUUGGCUGGGCAACUCAAGACGAGCCAUGUCUCCAAUUCAGGAAUUGUUAUGCCAAGCACAGGAAGGACAGGGGCAAAAAAAUGCCUGCAACUACGGAAUUACUUGUUGGCAAUGACAUCAGCAACUUGGAGGCAGUUCGGUUCCAGCUCAAAACUGCUCAUGAUGAGAACGUUGUAUCCCACUAUCAGGCCCAGGAAUUACUGCUGAAUUAUUCAUUCAGCCACUUGGGUAUCACUGACAGCUCUGGCAUCCAGCAUCCCAUCGUGAUGACAGAACCGCUGCUCAACCCCCAACACUGCAGAGCAUUGAUGUCAGAGCUGCUGUUUGAAUGCUACAACGUCCCUUGUGCAGCCUACUGUGUUGAUGGCCUAGCAAACUACUAUCACAAUCAAGAAGCAUCGAGCAGUUCGGGCCUACAAGAUGGACUUUUGGUCCACAUCGGACAUCACACCACACACGUCAUCCCCAUCCUGGACGGCGGCGCUGACGUGGCAAAAUCACGACGCAUUAAAGUCGGCGGCCACAGCCUGGCCAAGUUCCUGUGCAGGUGGCUGCAGCUGCAGUAUCCUCAUCAGGCCAGCAACAUCACCCUGUCCAGGGCCGAGCUUGCAGAAGACGAACAAGAACUAGAGCGACUAAGCGAGCUGUGCUCUGCAAUGUCAGAGUUCAGGCAGUACCAGCCAGAGUACCAGCACGCUCUGGAGGAGGCUGGCGUCGCUACCAUAGAAGACCUGCACAAGAAAAUUGCUGCCAUGCAAAUAAAGAUAUGCAAAACUAGAGCCAAGAUGGCGCAGGAACCUGUUGAAGAGGAGGGCAGGCUUAGCCCAGGUCCCGGAGGCGCAGGUCUCCCUGAGGACGCUGAGGAGGCCGAGGAGGUGCUGGAGGCCAUGCAGAGGGAGUGGACGAGCCUGCACGAGCGUAGGGCAGCGCGCCGCUCCAAACGCCAGGAGAUGGCUAAGCGUCGCACGGCGGCGUCUCAGGAGCGCAUGCGUCUCAUCUCGCAGCUCGCCAAGCGGGAGAAGAAAGACGACCACUUCGGCCGACGGGACGAAGACUGGGACGUGUACAAGGCCAUUAAUAAGGAGGGUGGAGGGUCAGACAGCGAGGACGAGCUGGAGCGGCUGCAGGAGCUGACGGCGACGCUGCGGCAGCACAGACCUCACUUCCUGGCUGAGGGCGGCACCCAGCCUCUUACUGAGGCUCAGAGGAACCAGAUCCUGCUUACUACUGAGAUGAUCCGCACGGGUGAGGUGCUGUUCCAGCCCAGCCUGGUAGGUCUAGGCCAGGGUGGUCUGGCAGACACCAUCGCGUACGUGCUUGGUCUGUUCAGCCCUGCAGACCAGCAGCGGCUGGUAGACCACGUCGUGGUCACCGGUGGUCUGGCCACCAUGCCUGGUCUGGUGGACAGAGUGCGGCAUGAGCUACGUGCCAUCAGACCUUUUAUGUCCGCCUUCAGCGUCCGCGCCGCGCAGGAACUCAUCCAAAGACGCAUGAGAAUCUCCGUGGAGUUCCAGGAGGAGCUGGCGCUCUGGAGCAGCCCUGAGCACUGCUCCAGCAGCGGCCUGACGGUGCAGCUGCCGUUCGCCGCCGCCCCCGCCACCGCUGCGGUGGACCCCGCCGUCCAGAGGGAGCGGCGGCGGGAGGCCGCCCGCCGUCUCGUCCUUAUCAACGCCAGGAAAAGAGAGGAGAAGGUCGCCGUUAAUUCCAAUUAA